CCGGAAUCCGCAAAUUCUUCGACAGUCGCAGCCAUGUCUACCCCCCAGUUCUGGUCCACCCCGCUUCGCUAUCUGCGCUGGGCGUCCCACGAGAAGCCCGCCAUCUUCUACUCCCUCAUUGUUGGCGCUACCGGCCCGGUCAUGCUUGUUGCCCUGCCUCCUAUCCGACGAUUCUUCGGUGACGUUGACCCGGAGCCCAUUCCCCUCACAUACCCAAUUCCUCAAGGACCCCGAGUUAUUCCGCAGGGAUACGACGACGAAUAAACUUGCGAACACCGUGGGUAACGGAUGAAGAUGAAGGUUGUUUGUCGGUUUAUGGUUGAUAUCACUAUAUUUGCUGUUCCUUAGCUGGGAAAUUGAUAUUGG